CCGGCGGCUGCGGGCGGAGUUUUUGGAGCCGCGGCGCUGGGCAGUCAGACGGCCACGGUCCCUGGAGGCGUCCGCGCGGACUCCAGCCGCUGUCAGCUCCCUGCCGCCGCCGCUCUUGAUGCCUAGGCCGGUCGCUGCGUGAUGGCGCAGCCGAGCGGCGCUGUGCGGCUGGCGGCGGCCGCGUCUCGCGCUGAGGAAACUUGAUACAACCCCAGAAGAAGACUCGAGUCCUUGUUGUGGGAUUGCGUGUAUAUCCAAGGCCAUCAGGAUGUCGGGAGCCUCGGUGAAGGUGGCUGUCCGGGUGCGGCCCUUCAAUUCUCGGGAGACCAGUAAGGAGUCCAAGUGCAUCAUUCAGAUGCAGGGCAGCUCAACCAGUAUUAUUAACCCAAAGAACCCUAAGGAAGCACCGAAGUCCUUCAGCUUCGACUACUCCUACUGGUCUCACACCUCGCCUGAAGAUCCCUGCUUUGCAUCUCAAAACCAAGUGUACAAUGACAUUGGGAAGGAAAUGCUCUUACAUGCCUUUGAGGGCUAUAACGUCUGUAUUUUUGCCUACGGGCAGACUGGUGCUGGGAAAUCUUACACAAUGAUGGGUAAACAGGAAGAAAGCCAGGCUGGCAUCAUUCCACAGUUGUGUGAAGAGCUCUUUGAGAAGAUCAAUGACAACUGUAAUGAAGAGAUGUCUUACUCUGUAGAGGUGAGCUACAUGGAAAUUUACUGUGAGAGAGUGCGAGAUUUGCUGAACCCCAAAAACAAGGGUAACUUACGUGUACGUGAACACCCGCUUCUUGGCCCCUAUGUGGAAGACCUGUCGAAGCUGGCAGUGACUUCUUACACUGACAUCGCUGACCUCAUGGACGCUGGGAACAAAGCCAGGACAGUGGCAGCUACCAACAUGAAUGAAACAAGUAGUCGUUCCCAUGCUGUGUUUACCAUUGUUUUCACCCAGAAGAAACAUGACUCAGAGACGAACCUCUCCACUGAGAAGGUCAGUAAAAUCAGCUUGGUGGAUCUAGCAGGAAGUGAACGCGCUGAUUCAACUGGUGCCAAAGGAACUCGAUUAAAGGAAGGAGCAAACAUUAAUAAGUCCCUUACAACACUGGGCAAAGUCAUUUCAGCCUUGGCAGAAGUGGAUAACUGCACCAGCAAGAGUAAGAAGAAGAAGAAAACUGAUUUCAUUCCUUACAGGGAUUCUGUACUUACUUGGCUUCUUCGAGAAAAUCUGGGUGGCAAUUCUCGGACUGCAAUGGUUGCUGCUCUGAGCCCAGCAGACAUCAACUAUGAUGAAACUCUGAGCACUCUGAGAUAUGCAGAUCGUGCGAAACAGAUUAAAUGUAAUGCUGUCAUCAAUGAGGACCCCAAUGCCAAACUGGUUCGCGAGUUAAAGGAGGAAGUGACACGGCUGAAGGACCUGCUUCGUGCUCAGGGACUAGGAGAUAUUAUUGAUAUUGAUCCAUUGAUUGAUGAUUACUCUGGAAGUGGAGGCAAAUAUCUGAAAGAUUUUCAGAACAAUAAGCAUAGAUACUUGCUAGCCUCUGAGAAUCAACGCCCUGGCAAUUUCUCCACAGCAUCCAUGGGGUCCCUCACUUCAUCUCCGUCCUCCUGCUCGCUCAGUAGUCAGGUGGGGCUGACAUCUGUGAGCAGCAUUCAGGAGAGGAUCAUGUCUACACCUGGAGGAGAGGAAGCCAUUGAGCGUCUGAAGGAAUCAGAGAAGAUCAUCGCUGAGUUGAAUGAAACCUGGGAAGAGAAGCUUCGAAAAACAGAAGCCAUCAGAAUGGAGAGAGAGGCCUUGUUGGCAGAGAUGGGCGUUGCCAUUCGGGAAGAUGGAGGAACGCUGGGGGUUUUCUCACCUAAAAAGACCCCACAUCUUGUUAACCUCAAUGAAGACCCACUAAUGUCUGAAUGCCUGCUUUAUUACAUCAAGGAUGGGAUUACAAGGGUCGGCCAAGCAGAUGCUGACCGGCGCCAGGACAUAGUGCUGAGUGGGGCCCACAUUAAAGAGGAGCACUGCAUCUUCAGGAGCGAGAGAAACAACAGUGGCGAAGUUAUCGUGACUCUGGAGCCCUGUGAGCGCUCGGAAACCUACGUGAAUGGCAAAAGGGUAGCCCAGCCUGUUCAGCUCCGCUCAGGAAACCGUAUCAUCAUGGGUAAAAACCAUGUUUUUCGUUUUAACCACCCGGAGCAAGCGCGGGCUGAGCGGGAGAAGACUCCUUCUGCUGAGACCCCCUCUGAGCCUGUGGACUGGACAUUUGCCCAGAGAGAGCUCCUGGAGAAACAAGGGAUUGAUAUGAAACAGGAGAUGGAAAAAAGGCUACAGGAAAUGGAGAUCCUUUACAAAAAGGAAAAGGAGGAAGCAGAUCUUCUGUUGGAGCAGCAGAGACUGGACUAUGAGAGUAAAUUGCAGGCCUUGCAGAAGCAGGUUGAGACCCGAUCCCUGGCUGCCGAAACAACUGAAGAGGAAGAAGAGGAGGAAGAAGUUCCGUGGACACAGCAUGAAUUUGAUUUGGCUCAGUGGGCCUUCCGCAAGUGGAAGUCUCACCAAUUUACUUCAUUGCGGGACUUACUCUGGGGCAAUGCUGUGUACCUGAAGGAGGCCAAUGCCAUCAGUGUGGAGCUGAAGAAGAAGGUGCAGUUCCAGUUUGUUCUUCUGACUGACACACUGUACUCCCCUUUGCCACCUGAACUGCUUCCCACUGACGUGGAAAAGAUUCACGAGGAUAGGCCUUUCCCUCGCACAGUGGUGGCAGUAGAAGUUCAGGAUCUGAAGAAUGGAGCAACGCAUUAUUGGUCUUUGGAGAAACUUAAACAGAGGCUGGAUUUGAUGCGAGAGAUGUAUGACAGGGCAGGUGAGAUGGCCUCCAACGCCCAAGACGAAAGCGAAGCCACCAUGACGGGCAGCGAUCCAUUCUACGAUCGGUUCCACUGGUUCAAACUUGUGGGAAGCUCCCCCAUUUUCCACGGCUGUGUGAAUGAGCGCCUUGCCGACCGCACACCCUCCCCUACUUUUUCCACGGCCGACUCCGACAUCACUGAGCUGGCUGACGAGCAGCAAGAUGAGAUGGAGGAUUUUGAUGAUGAGGCAUUCGUGGAUGACACCGGCUCUGACGCAGGGACGGAGGAGGGAUCAGAUCUCUUCAGUGAUGGGCGUGACCCGUUUUACGACCGGUCCCCUUGGUUCAUUUUGGUGGGAAGGGCAUUUGUGUACCUGAGCAAUCUGCUCUACCCCGUGCCCCUGAUCCACAGGGUGGCCAUCGUCAGCGAGAAGGGGGAGGUGCGGGGAUUUCUGCGUGUGGCCGUCCAGGCCAUUGCAGCGGAUGAAGAAGCUCCGGAUUAUGGCUCUGGAAUUCGACAGUCAGGAACAGCUAAAAUAUCUUUUGAUAACGAAUACUUUUAUCAGAGUGACUUUUCCUCAGUUGCAAUGACUCGUUCUGGUCUGUCCUUGGAGGAGCUGAGGAUUGUGGAAGGACAGGGUCAGAGUUCUGAGGUCAUCACUCCUCCAGAGGAAAUCAGCCGAAUGAAUGAUCGGGAUUUGAAGUCAGGCACUUUGCUGGAUGGUAAGAUGGUGAUGGAAGGGUUUUCCGAAGAGAUUGGCAACCACCUGAAACUGGGCAGUGCCUUUACCUUUCGAGUAACAGUGUUGCAGGCCAGCGGGAUCCUCCCCGAGUAUGCGGAUAUCUUCUGUCAGUUCAACUUCUUGCAUCGCCAUGAUGAAGCGUUCUCCACUGAACCCCUCAAAAACAACGGCAGAGGAAGUCCCCUGGGCUUUUAUCAUGUGCAGAAUAUUGCGGUGGAGGUCACAGAGUCAUUUGUGGACUAUAUCAAAACCAAGCCUAUUGUAUUUGAAGUCUUUGGGCAUUAUCAGCAGCACCCACUUCAUCUGCAAGGACAGGACCUUAGCAGAAAUUUAUCUUUCUCUCCUUGCAGUCCGCCUCAGCCUUCUCGACGAUUCUUCCCUCCACCCAUGCCACUCUCCAAGCCAGUUCCAGCCACCAAGUUAAACACCAUGAGCAAAACCAGCCUCGGCCAAAGCAUGAGCAAGUAUGACCUCCUGGUUUGGUUUGAGAUCAGUGAACUGGAGCCUACAGGAGAGUACAUCCCGGCUGUGGUUGACCAUACUGCAGGGUUACCCUGCCAGGGGACGUUUCUGCUUCACCAGGGCAUCCAGCGAAGGAUCACAGUGACCAUCAUCCACGAGAAGGGGAGUGAGCUGCACUGGAAAGACGUCCGGGAGCUGGUGGUAGGCCGGAUUAGAAAUAAGCCCGAGGUGGAUGAAGCUGCAGUCGAUGCCAUCCUCUCCCUAAAUAUCAUCUCUGCCAAGUACCUGAAGUCUUCGCACAACUCCAGCAGAACCUUCUACCGUUUCGAGGCCGUGUGGGACAGCUCCCUCCAUAACUCCCUUCUCCUGAACCGAGUGACGCCCUACGGAGAGAAGAUCUACAUGACCCUGUCCGCCUACCUGGAGCUGGACCACUGCAUCCAGCCUGCGGUCAUCACCAAGGACGUGUGCAUGGUCUUCUAUUCCCGAGACGCCAAGAUCUCGCCGCCACGCUCUCUGCGCAGCCUCUUUGGCAGUGGCUACUCCAAGUCACCAGACUCGAAUCGAGUCACUGGGAUUUAUGAACUCAGCUUAUGCAAAAUGGCAGACACAGGUAGCCCAGGCAUGCAGAGGCGGCGGAGGAGAGUGCUGGACACAUCAGCGGCCUAUGUGCGCGGUGAGGAAAACCUGGCCGGCUGGCGGCCCCGCGGGGACAGCCUCAUCUUGGAGCACCAGUGGGAGCUGGACAAGCUGGAGCUGCUGCACGAGGUGGAGAAAACGCGCCACUUCCUGCUGCUGCGUGAGAGACUUGGUGACAGCAUCCCCAAAUCCCUGAGUGACUCAUUGUCCCCCAGCCUCAGCAGUGGGACCCUCAGCACCUCCACCAGCAUCUCCUCUCAAAUCUCAACCACCACCUUCGAAAGCGCCAUCACCCCCAGCGAGAGCAGCGGGUAUGACUCGGCAGACAUCGAGAGCCUGGUGGAUCGCGAGAAAGAGCUGGCCACCAAGUGCCUGCAGCUCCUCACCCACACUUUCAACCGGGAGUUCAGCCAGGUGCACAGCAGCAUCAGCGACUGCAAGUUGUCUGACAUCUCUCCAAUGGGACGCAACCCUUCCGUGUCCAGUUUCAGCAGUGCCACCCUCACCCCGUCCUCCACAUGCCCCUCUCUGGUCGACUCCAGGAGCAACUCUGUGGAUCAGAAGACCCCAGAAGCCAAUUCCCGGGCCUCCAGUCCCUGCACAGAAUUUGAACAGUUUCAGAUCAUCCCAGCUGUAGAGACACCCUAUUUGGCCCGAGCAGGAAAACAUGAAUUUCUCAAUCUCGUUCCAGAUAUUGAAGAAAUCCGACCAGGCUCAGUGGUCUCUAAGAAAGGAUACCUGCAUUUCAAGGAGCCGCUUUCCAGCAGCUGGGCCAAGCAUUUUGUUGUGGUCCGUCGCCCUUACGUCUUCAUCUACAACAGUGACAAGGACCCAGUGGAACGUGGCAUCAUUAACCUGUCCACGGCACAGGUGGAGUACAGUGAGGACCGGCAGGCUAUGGUGAAGACACCUAACACCUUCGCUGUGUCCACAAAGCAUCGAAGGGUCCUUCUGCAGGCUGUCAAUGACAAGGACAUGAAUGACUGGUUAUAUGCCUUUAACCCCCUCCUUGCUGGCACAAUACGGUCAAAGCUGUCCCGGAGAUGCCUGAGCCAGCCCAAGUACUGAGUGCUCGCUCUGUGGAGCCGCCUUGCCUUGGAGAGAUAAAGGAAACUCCCUCUCUUUGUGGUUCUUGACGGUUGCUCUCCUGUGUAACCCUGUGGCUUAACUACUUUCCCCUCGUCCGGCACUUUUUCUGCUCUCCUGUCCCCGUCUCCAUGGCUCUGUACUCCUCUUUCUUCCUGUGCUGAGAGUCUUGGUAGUAGCAUGCGGCCUAACAAAAGGAAAACAGAUUUUAAAAAAUCAGAACCCAUGUGCGCACACACUCCGGCUUCCUUUCAUGUGACAGGUCCCUGUCAUGGCCAUCUCUAGAGUCUGUCGUCUUUGGUUACCUGUCUCUCUUUCAGGGUACCUUUUUCUUCUUUUCUCUGUGAUAUCACUAGUUUUUCUUGGGUGGCUUAGAGGCACGGCGGGAGCUUCUGGCCUGGCUGGAGUCUGGGGAAGACACUCACCUUUCCCUGCUGCCUCCCUUGGCCACGGCCCAGCCCUGCAUUUCCAUCGGGGAGAAGUCAUGGUGAGUUCAGACGCGGACAGUCACCACCUGGGUCGCACGGCUUCCGUAGGAGGUAGAAUGGUUCUCAGAGAGUAGAAGAGACCAGAGCGGCCUCCGUAGGCCUGGGACAGCGGCUGCUGUUGGCCCAAGAAGGGAUGACCCUGGAUAAGGACACGGGAUGGGGCCCUGGCCUUGGGGUGGCGGUCAGAGGACGCUGGGCUUCCUCACAGCAGGGUCCCUCCAAAGCCCUUUUCUCCUGUGAGAAGGGAGCUGCCUCUAGCAGUCCUGGGGUCUCUCCUGGCGAGGCCUGUGUCACCGCGCCAUCUGUGGCUGACCUCGGUGGUCCUUGGCACUGUGAUGCCGGUGGUGCUGAGCAGUGGCCUGUGAGUGCUGUGCUCCCUCCAUCAAGGAAACGGAGCUCCCAGCGUCAGCGUGGAAGUCUCUGCAUCCAGGGCCAUUCCCAGUCUCGCAGCCUCCCUGGGCUCAUCAGAAAGCACACGCGGCAGCCUUUGCUCUCCACACCCUGGGCUGAGCCAGCCCCCACCACUCCACAUGGUGGAAGACGGCCGGGCUGGGAGGCCUCCCCCGAGCUUUUCUGCUCAUCCUCCGCUCGUCUCUCUUUGUCCCCUCGUCCAUGUGGCACAGGGAUGCUGCCCACAAAGAAAGGAAGCUCGGUGCCACCUAGUCUCCUUUUCCUCUGCCAGACCCAGUCUUCUGGCCUUGAGACACCAGAGGUCGGCUCUGCUUUGGUUGCCAUGGUUUCACAGGGGACUUGGCUUCCGAGCAGCCCCGGGUCCCUGCAGCUGCUGUGCCCAUGACUCCAGUCCUCUGGUGUCACCCUGCCCUGCUCACUGUCCCCACCACGUCCCUAUCAGGAGGGCAGCCGCUGCUCCCAGCUCCUGGCCACAAGGCCAUGGCAGGUUGGGGGACCACACCCCACACAGCUGUCUAGGGACCGAGCCCCUGCCCCGCUGGGCCUCCCUGCGGAACGCGCACCGGCACCACCUGGCCUCAGGAGGAAAGGGCAGGAGUCCCGCUGGGCUCUGAUAGAAAGUGAGCAACGGAAACUGGUGGAUUUUAGCUUUCCCUCCUGAAAACAUACGUCACUACCUUGUAACGCUGUUUUCUAAGUGUACACGAGGUUCUUACUGUAGCUAGCUCUCUCUUCUCUGACAGAUGCGUGGAGCCCUUCUCGUGUAUACUCAAACCAGCAGGAUCUGUCUGCUUCCGGCAGCUUCCUGGGCUGGAACUAAAUCUAAAUCUGAUUUCAGGGAAACGAAGAUGAAAUUUGAAGGUCACUUUUAAAUUAAAUCUGUGAUGCUGCUGCUGUUACAAAGUUGGACUGCAGAAUCCAGGACGGUGGCAGGGGAGGCGGGAGGCCAGAGGGAGAGACGUGCGAUGCACUGAAAUCACUUUUGUGUUUUCCUCUAAGGCAAAUGAAGCUGGUUUGGAAAGCCUGCUCUGGGAGUGUGAGGCAUGAGGAGCAGCGAGCUGGGCUCUGUUCUGGACGCGCAGAGGCAGAUGCUGGGGCAGGCGGAGGAGGACGCGGGUGGGGUUGGUCCUGCAGGGCCUGCUGCCCAGUCAGGCCUGAUGCUCUCACCUCUGCCUUGGAGCCAGGACAGGGUGUGCAGCAGGAACUCCUCCUGAGCCGCUACCUAGAGCCAUAGUGGCAGGAAAGCUGACACCCCUAACCUUAAGGAAACCACGUGGAAGGUGGUGUUUUAUUUAUUUUUCCCUUCUUAAGCAAGCACACAAAGAGACAGGAAAGAGAACUCUUAGGCAGCUUACAAGGGUGAGUGCUAGUGAACACUGAUCAUCGCUUCCUUCUCUCAACCCUCACCCUCCUUCCGCCUAAGUGAAAUGUGGCCUCAGGCGACCCACACCAGUGCCUCGUCUGCACCUGCCUGGAGUCAGUCAGCUCCAGGCCGGGCUGUGUGGGGCCGGCCAGCCCCUCGCAGUCAGGAUGGAGGCUGGGCUGCUGCUGCACUGGUGGGGGCCGCAGGCGAGGCCCCCCCCCCGUAAGGCACCACUAUUAUGCUACCACCCCCCUUUAGGCAGUAGCCCUCAUAUUUCGGCUGGCUUUUCAGCUUGUUGAGAUGAAGGAACGAAUGAGACCGUCGUGAAAGAUCUUCUGGGAUCUAAAACAGGUUGAAUUCUCCUGGCACAUAUUUCAAAGCAAAGACUCUGUUGCCUGCUGUUGUCUGAUUUACAGGGGUAUUUAAUUUGUAAGCUAUGAGGAUAGUUGCACAGCUGUAGCUAACUCCACGCUGGGCCGGCAGAGGGCGCCCUGGCGCUGCACCUGCCCGGCCGGGCGCAGGUCCUUCGCUUCCCUCGGGUUCCCUCUGAAUGUGAUGAACCUGCUGCUGCGGACGAGAAGCCUCCCUGCGCCGCUGCUGUUGAGGUCCCGUGCCUGCGCUCUGGUGUGUGCCGAUCCCGUGCGCAGCGGCUCAGAGGUCGUCAGCGGAGGGAUGUGUUCCUGCUGCUAUUCAGAAGGCCAUUUAUGAGGUUCGCCUCUGAGCCCUGUGAAAUCUUAGGGAGCCCCAGUCGGUUACAGGAAGAACUGCAUUGAGGCAGAACUCAGGCCAGGGCUGGGAUGAGCCUCAAAGCAGCUCAGCCCGGGCUGCUGGGUCGGGACGUCCACCCCAGGCUGGGCUCUCGCCAGCCCCGCUGCCGCGCUGUCCCCCUGUCUUCCCGUCCGUCCUUUCCUGUGCUGCGCGUCCUGGCGUGCGGUCGCCGCGGAACCCACCGGCCUUCUCGUGUCGAGGGCUCGAACUCGCCUCUGUGGCACUGCAGUGCUUGUCUGUUGAGACCCGAGUCUUGUCACCAUCCUCCCCUGUCACAAAACCCCAUGAUGCAUAAGUGGCCUUUCUGAACCAAGACCUUGCAGACUGAUCUCUCCCCAGCGAAGGAGUCCAGCACAUUAGCGACAAUGUACAUUAUUAAUUUUGGAUUUUCAUUUUCAUGUUUGAUUUUGUAAAUACUCUCUGAUGUUUGGAGCUUGAGUAUACAGAGUGUAAAUACAGUUCUUGUAUUUGUACUGAUUCGGGUUCUUUUGCUGCAUAGCCUUAGAUGUGCAACGCAGACAUUAAUCUAACUGUGUAUGGUAACCUUGUAUCACGGAGUUACUAGUGAACGAGGUAAAAAUAAUAAAGGUACAACCAGUGCA